CAGCGCUGGGAGCCGGGCACUCGGGAAGCGGAGGCGGAUUAAAAUGGCCACCGGCAGCUCCGGGAAGCGGCCCCGGCGGCUCCUGGCGCGUCCACUCGGCCCGGCCCGCUCCUGAUGGGGGAGAGAGGCCAGCGGGGCGUAGAAGAAGCAGCAGCGGCGGCGGCGGCGGCCGAGCGCGGGGCCCGCCGGACCGCAGCGGAGGAGGAGGAGGCGGCGGCGGCGGCGGCGGCUAGGGAAUUUUCUGCGGGAGACGCAGCCUCGGUUAUUUAAAAUAAUAACAGCCCCCCCCCCAUCGAAGCUCGGACCCCCCCACCCGUGGGAGCACGGCUUUGGUCUUGGAAGAAAAUCUUGAGAGAGGAAUGGACCAUGUUCUCGUGAAGUUAAUACCGGUGAUAAAGGAAUGCUAUAGAGGAUAGAAAGAGAUUUCCAGAAUUCAGCUAAGAUGAAUAUGGUCAAGAGAAUCAUGGGCCGGCCACGGCAGGAGGAGUGUAGCCCUCAGGAUAAUGCUCUAGGGUUGAUGCACCUGCGUCGACUCUUCACAGAACUUUGUCAUCCUCCUCGGCACAUGACCCAGAAAGAACAGGAAGAAAAACUUUACAUGAUGCUGCCAGUGUUUAACAGGGUUUUUGGAAAUGCUCCUCCAAGUACAAUGACAGAAAAAUUCUCUGACCUCCUACAGUUUACUACACAAGUGUCACGAUUGAUGGUGACUGAAAUUCGACGGAGAGCAUCAAAUAAGUCCACAGAGGCUGCAAGUCGUGCCAUAGUCCAGUUCCUGGAGAUCAAUCAAAGUGAAGAAGCCAGUAGAGGUUGGAUGCUGCUCACUACAAUAAAUUUACUAGCUUCAUCUGGACAGAAAACAGUGGACUGCAUGACGACGAUGUCGGUGCCUUCCACACUUGUUAAAUGUCUAUAUCUGUUUUUUGACCUUCCACAUGUGCCUGAGGUAGUUGGAGGAGCGCAGAAUGAGCUACCUCUAGCAGAGCGCCGAACGUUACUACAGAAAGUCUUUGUACAGAUCCUAGUAAAAUUGUGCAGUUUUGUGUCCCCGGCAGAAGAACUGGCUCAGAAGGAUGAUCUCCAGCUUUUAUUUAGUGCAAUAACCUCAUGGUGCCCUCCCUGUAAUCUGCCUUGGAGGAAGAGUGCAGGGGAAGUACUAAUGACCAUAUCGCGUCAUGGCCUUAGUGUCAAUGUAGUGAAAUACAUUCAUGAAAAAGAAUGUUUGUCCACCUGUGUUCAGAACAUGCAGCAAUCUGAUGACCUUUCUCCCCUAGAAAUAGUUGAGAUGUUUGCUGGGCUUUCUUGCUUUCUCAAAGAUUCCAGUGACGUAUCACAAACGCUGUUGGAUGAUUUUAGGAUAUGGCAAGGAUAUAACUUCCUCUGUGAUCUCUUGCUCAGAUUAGAACAGGCAAAAGAGGCAGAAUCCAAGGAUGCUUUGAAGGAUUUGGUUAAUCUGAUAACUUCCCUAACAACAUAUGGUGUCAAUGAAUUAAAACCAGCUGGUAUUACCACCGGGGCACCUUUUCUUUUGCCUGGAUUUGCAGUCCCACAACCUGCAGGCAAAGGUCAUAGUGUGAGGAAUAUUCAAGCUUUCUCAGUCCUUCAAAAUGCAUUUUUGAAAGCAAAAACUAACUAUCUUGCACAAAUUAUUCUGGAUGCCAUUACAAAUAUUUACAUAGCGGACAAUGCCAACUACUUCAUCUUGGAAUCACAGCACACCUUGUCCCAGUUUGCAGAGAAAAUUUCCAAGCUUCCAGAAGUGCAGACCAAAUACUUUGAGAUGCUGGAGUUUGUUGUCUUCAGCUUGAAUUAUAUUCCUUGUAAAGAACUGAUUAGUGUCAGCAUCCUCUUAAAGUCCAGCACCUCUUACCAGUGUAGCAUCAUUGCAAUGAAAACACUUCUUAAGUUCACCCGUCAUGACUACAUCUUUAAGGAUGUCUUCAGGGAGGUGGGGCUUCUGGAAGUGAUGGUAAACCUUUUGCACAAAUAUGCAGCCCUUUUGAAAGAUCCCAUUCAGGCUCUCAAUGAUCAAGGUGAUUCAAGAAACAACAGUUCUUUUGAGGACCAAAAGCAGUUAGCUUUAUUGGUUAUGGAGACCUUGACAGUACUACUACAAGGAUCAAACACAAAUGCAGGUAUUUUUAGGGAGUUUGGUGGUGCAAGGUGUGUACACAAUAUAGUGAAGUAUCCACAGUGCGGACAGCAUGCACUGAUGAUUAUCCAGCAACUGGUGUUAUCACCUAGUGGGGAUGAUGAUAUGGGCACUUUAUUAGGGCUGAUGCACUCGGCUCCACCUACAGAACUACAACUGAAGACGGAUAUAUUACGGGCCCUGCUCUCAGUACUAAGAGAGAGUCAUCGCACAAGAACUGUUUUUAGAAAAGUCGGUGGUUUUGUGUAUGUCACAUCUUUACUUGUUGCUAUGGAAAGAUCCUUGUGCUCUCCACCUAAGAAUGGCUGGGAGAAAGUAAACCAGAAUCAAGUGUUUGAACUGCUUCACACUGUGUUCUGCACAUUGACUGCAGCAAUGCGCUAUGAGCCAGCCAACUCGCAUUUCUUCAAAACAGAGAUCCAGUAUGAAAAGCUGGCAGAUGCUGUUCGAUUGCUUGGCUGCUUCUCAGACUCAAGAAAAAUAAGCCCUUUGAAUGUCUUCCCCUCAAAUACACAACCAUUUCAAAGACUACUGGAGGAUGACCUAAUCUCCAUGGACUCUGUGGCACCCACACUAAGGCAUUGCAGUAAACUCUUUAUUUAUCUCUACAAAGUAUCCACAGAUUCUUUUGACAGUCGUGCAGAACAGAUCCCUCCUUGCCUGACAAAUGAGACUUCUCUCCCCUCUCCUUGGGGUACGCCAGCUUUGUCCAGGAAAAGGCAUGCAUAUCAUUCUGUUUCAACUCCUCCUGUGUACCCUCCCAAAAACAUAGCUGAUUUGAAGCUCCACACAGGAGCCACGUUGCUGCAAAGCUCUGAUGCUGUCAUCAUUCACCCUGGAGCUAUGCUUGCCAUGUUGGAUCUUCUAGCCUCUGUUGGAUCAACUGCACAGCCAGAACAUGCAUUGGAUCUUCAGCUUGCAGUAGCCAACAUAUUGCAAUCCCUGGUGCAUACAGAAAGAAACCAGCAAGUCAUGUGUGAAGCUGGACUCCAUGCACGUCUUCUACAAAGAUGUAGUGCAGCUCUUGCUGAUGAGGACCAUUCAUUGCAUCCCCCACUCCAGAGGAUGUUUGAAAGGCUGGCCUCUCAGGCACUGGAGCCAAUGGUGUUGAGGGAAUUUUUACGUUUGGCAAAUCCUUUGAAUUGUGGCGCUUGGGACAAAAAGCUGUUGAAACUGUACCGAGUGCACAAACCCAGCUCAUUAAGCUAUGAACCAGAGAUGAGAAGUAGUAUGGUCACAUCAAUGGAGGGUCUGAGUUCUGACAGUGUGUUCAGCUUGCAUGAAGAUAACCACUACCGCAUAAGCAGGAGCUUGCUAAAGCCAGCAGAAGGGAGCACAGUGCCCCUGACGAGGGUGAAGUGUUUGGUCUCCAUGACAACCCCACAUGAUAUCAGACUUCACGGAUCGUCAGUUACUCCAGCAUUUAUUGAAUUUGACACAUCUCUUGAAGGAUUUGGCUGUCUAUUCUUGCCAAGUUUGGCUCCCCACAAUGCACCUACAAAUAAUGCUGUCACAACAGGUCUUGUUGAUGGUGCUGUAGUUAGUGGAAUUGGAACUGGGGAAAGGUUUUUUCCUCCACCAUCUGGUUUAAGCUAUUCAACUUGGUUUUGCAUUGAGCAUUUUAGCACACCUCCUAAUAACCAUCCAGUCAGACUAUUUACUGUUGUGCGACGAGCAAACUCUUCAGAGCAGCACUAUGUAUGCCUUGCCAUUAUCCUCUCAGCAAAAGACCGAUCACUAAUUGUUUCAACUAAAGAAGAACUGCUUCAAAACUAUGUUGAUGACUUCAGUGAAGAAUCAUCCUUCUAUGAGAUUCUUCCUUGUUGUGCUCGAUUUCGCUGUGGUGACCUCUUAGUGGAAGGCCAGUGGCAUCAUCUCGUUCUGGUGAUGAGUAAAGGCAUGCUGAAAAACAGUACAGCUGCACUUUACAUUGAUGGACUGCUUGUUAAUACUGUGAAGCUUCACUAUGUUCACAGUAGCCCAGGCGGGUCAGGUUCUGCUAAUCCACCAGUAGUCAGCACAGUUUAUGCCUAUACUGGCACACCACCUGCCCAACGCCAGAUCUCCUCCCUGGUUUGGCGUCUGGGACCAACACAUUUCGUAGAGGAAGUCUUGCCUCUUUCAAGUGUUAGCACCAUUUAUGAGCUGGGACCAAAUUAUGUUGGAAGCUUUCAAGCAGUGUACAUCUCAUGUAAAGAUUCUAAAUCAGAAGGAGUCAGCACAUCUCCAGUAUCUUUGGUACCAGAGGAGAAAGUCUCUUUUGGUUUAUAUGCACUCUCAGUUUCUUCACUUACAGUGGCAAGAAUAAGGAAAGUUUACAACAAAUUGGAUAGUAAAGCUAUUGCCAAACAGCUGGCUGUUUCUUCUCAUGAGAAUGCCACACCAGUGAAGCUACUGCACAACUCAGCAGGACAUCUGAAUGGACCUGCACGCACCAUUGGUGCAGCUCUGAUAGGAUAUUUGGGAGUAAGAACAUUUGUCCCAAAGCCUGUUGCCACUACAUUACAAUACAUUGGUGGAGCUGCUGCUAUUCUGGGUUUGGUAGCCAUGGCAUCAGAUGUAGAAGGACUAUAUGCAGCUGUGAAGGCCUUGGUGUGUGUCGUAAAGAGCAACCCAUUAGCCAGCAAAGAAAUGGAAAGAAUCAAAGGUUAUCAGUUACUGGCAAUGUUGCUAAAGAAGAAGCGUUCCCUUCUGAACAGCCAUAUACUGCAUUUGACCUUUUCCUUGGUGGGAACUGUGGAUAGUGGGCAUGAAACCUCCAUUAUUCCAAAUUCAACUGCCUUCCAGGAUCUGCUAUGUGAUUUUGAAGUCUGGCUUCAUGCACCAUAUGAGCUUCAUCUUUCAUUGUUUGAGCACUUCAUUGAACUUCUCACAGAGUCCAGUGAAGCCUCAAAGAACGCUAAAUUAAUGAGGGAAUUCCAGCUAAUCCCCAAACUGUUGCUGACUCUUCGAGAUAUGUCUUUGUCCCAGCCCACUAUUGCUGCAAUUAGUAAUGUACUGAGCUUUUUGCUUCAGGGCUUCCCCAGCAGCAAUGACCUGCUCAGGUUUGGACAGGUUAUCUCUUCCACUUUGCCUACAUUUGCAGUCUGUGAGAAGUUUGUAGUUAUGGAGGUAAACAAUGAAGAAAAGCUUGAAACUGGAACAGAGGAUGAUUUUGGAAGCCUUGCUUCUGCUAAUCUUAUUCUUCUGCGGAACAGACUUUUAGAUAUCCUUCUCAAACUUGUAUACACGUCUAAAGAAAAGACAAGUGUUAACUUGCAGGCAUCCGAAGAACUCGUCAGGACCCUGGGUUUUGAUUGGAUUAUGUUGUUUAUGGAAGAACAUCUGCACUCUACCACAGUAACUGCAGCCAUGAGAAUUCUUGUGGUCCUGCUAAGUAAUCAGCCUAUACUCAUCAAGUUUAAAGAAGGCCUCAGCGGUGGAGGCUGGCUUGAUCAGACAGAUUCUGUUUUGACCAAUAAGAUUGGCACUGUGCUAGGAUUCAAUGUUGGCAGGAGUGCUGGCGGCAGAUCAACUGUCAGGGAAAUUAACCGGGAUGCUUGUCAUUUUCCAGGCUUUCCGGUUCUUCAGUCAUUUCUCCCUAAGCAUACUAAUGUACCUGCACUCUAUUUCCUCCUCAUGGCACUUUUCCUGCAGCAGCCAGUCACUGAGCUGCCUGAAAACCUGCAGGUCAGUGCACCUGUCAGCAGCAGCCGAUGUAAUCAGGGUUGCCAGUUUGAUUUAGAUUCUAUCUGGACAUUUAUAUUUGGAGUUCCUGCCUCCAGUGGCACUGUGGUGUCUUCAAUCAACAAUGUUUGCACAGAAUCUGCCUUUUUAUUAUUGGGAAUGCUCAGGAGCAUGCUGAAUUCACCUUGGCAGUCAGAGGAAGAAGGCUCCUGGCUUCGAGAAUAUCCAGUCACCUUAAUGCAGUUCUUUCGAUAUUUGUAUCACAAUGUUCCAGACCUGACUUCAAUGUGGAUGAGCCCAGAGUUCCUGUGUGCAUUGGCAGCAACCGUGUUUCCUUUCAACAUCCGACCUUACUCUGAGAUGGUUACUGAUCUUGAUGAUGAUGUUGGAUCCCCGGCUGAAGAGUUCAGAGCAUUUGCAGCCGACACUGGCAUGAACAGGAGCCAGUCAGAGUACUGCAAUGUGGGCUCCAAGACCUACCUAACCAAUCAUCCUGCCAAGAAGUUUGUGUUUGACUUCAUGCGUGUGCUCAUAAUCGAUAACCUCUGCCUCACACCUGCUAGCAAGCAGACUCCACUAAUAGACCUCCUGCUAGAGGCUUCCCCUGAAAGAUCAACAAGGACACAGCAGAAAGAGUUUCAGACUUACAUUCUGGACAGUGUGAUGGACCACUUACUUGCAGCUGAUGUUUUAUUGGGUGAAGAUGCAUCUCUGCCUAUUACAAGUGGUGGCAGUUACCAGGUGCUGGUGAACAAUGUGUUUUAUUUCACACAGCGUGUGGUGGAUAAGCUUUGGCAGGGCAUGUUCAACAAGGAAUCCAAGCUUCUUGUAGACUUCAUCAUUCAGCUAAUUUCACAGUCAAAAAGAAGAUCUCAGGGGUUAUCACUGGAUGCUGUUUAUCACUGCCUGAAUAGGACCAUCUUGUAUCAGUUCUCAAGGGCACACAAAACUGUCCCUCAGCAAGUUGCUCUCCUUGAUUCUCUAAGGGUCCUUACGGUGAACAGAAACCUAAUUCUGGGACCUGGGAACCAUGAUCAAGAGUUCAUCUGCUGUCUAGCUCACUGCCUGAUUAAUCUGCAUAUGGGAAGUGGUGUUGAUGGAUUUGGACUGGAAGCAGAAGCCAGGAUGACCACUUGGCAUAUUAUGAUCCCCUCUGACAUAGAACCAGAUGGAGUCUACAAUCAAGAUAUUAGCGAAGGUCGCCAGCUUCUUUUAAAAGCCAUAAACAGAGUAUGGACAGAGCUGAUUCACAGUAAGAAACAAGUUUUAGAAGAGAUAUUCAAAGUCACACUACCUGUCAAUGACCGUGGCCAUGUGGAUAUAGUUGUAGCAAGGCCUUUUAUUGAAGAAGCAAGUUUAAAAUGCUGGCAAAAUCACUUGGCCCAUGAGAAGAAAUGCAUCAGUAGAGGGGAAUCUUUAGUUCCAACCACACAAUCGAAGCUUUCAAGGGUCAGCAGUGGGUUUGGCCUUUCCAAGUUAACUGGAUCAAGAAGAAACCGAAAGGAGAGUGGGCUCAACAAACAUAAUCUCUCUACGCAGGAAAUUUCCCAGUGGAUGUUCACUCACAUUGCUGUGGUUCGGGACUUGGUAGACAUGCAAUACAAAGAGUAUCAAGAGCGUCAGCAGAAUGCAUUAAAAUAUGUGAUAGAAGAGUGGUCUCAAAUUGAGUAUGAACUAUUAAGGGAGCGAGGUUUGUGGGGUCCUCCCAUUGGCUCCCAUCUGGAUAAAUGUAUGCUGGAGAUGACAGAGGGACCCUGCAGAAUGAGGAAGAAGAUGGUACGAAAUGACAUGUUUUAUAUUCAAUAUCCUUAUAUGCCAGAAACUGAACAAGAGACAAAUCUGCUGUCUGACUUCUCAAGUAAACCUCCUGAGACACCUGAUGAUACCGUUCCUCAAAAGAAACCUACUCGUUACCGAAGAGCUGUAAGUUAUGACAGCAAGGAAUACUACAUGCGCCUGGCUUCUGGAAAUCCUGCUGUUUUCCAAGAUACUAUAGAAGAGAGUUCAGAAGGUGAAGCCACUCAGCACGAGCCAGAACAUGGCGAAGACACUAUUGCAAGAGUUAAAGGUCUGGUAAAGCCUCCUCUGAAGAGAUCUCGCUCUGCACCUGAUGGAGGGGAUGAGGAAAAUCAGGAGCAACUGCAGGAUCAAAUAGCUGAGGGUAGUUCUAUAGAUGAAGAAGAAAAGACUGAUAAUACAACUUUGCUUCGACUUCUCGAGGAAGGAGAGAAGAUUCAGCACAUGUACCGCUGUGCUCGAGUUCAAGGUCUAGACACCAGUGAGGGACUCCUUCUCUUUGGUAAAGAACACUUCUAUGUGAUAGAUGGGUUUACGAUGACAGCCACCAGGGAAAUACGGGAUAUUGAGACACUGCCUCCAAAUCUGCACGAGCCAAUUAUACCAAGAGGAGCAAGGCAAGGUCCAAGUCAGCUCAAAAGAACAUGCAGUAUUUUUGCAUAUGAAGAUAUCAAGGAAGUACAUAAAAGGAGAUACCUAUUACAGCCAAUUGCUGUUGAAGUUUUCUCAGGAGAUGGACGGAACUAUCUUCUAGCUUUCCAGAAAGGAGUUAGAAAUAAAGUCUAUCAAAGGUUUUUGGCUGUGGUUCCAUCUUUAACUGACAGUUCAGAGUCUGUGUCUGGACAGAGACCUAACACCAGUGUAGAACAAGGGUCUGGCUUGCUUAGCACUCUAGUGGGAGAGAAAUCUGUGACACAAAGAUGGGAGAGAGGAGAAAUCAGUAAUUUCCAGUACCUGAUGCACUUGAACACUCUGGCUGGCAGAUCCUAUAAUGAUCUCAUGCAGUAUCCUGUCUUCCCCUGGAUCCUUGCAGACUAUGAUUCGGCGGAACUGGAUCUUACUAAUCCCAAAACAUUCAGAAACCUGGCCAAACCAAUGGGAGCACAGACAGAGGAACGAUUAGCACAGUACAAAAAGCGAUACAAAGAUUGGGAAGAUCCUAAUGGGGAAACUCCAGCUUAUCAUUAUGGUACUCACUAUUCAUCUGCCAUGAUAGUGGCCUCGUAUCUUGUCCGAAUGGAGCCCUUUACACAGAUAUUCUUAAGGUUACAGGGUGGCCACUUUGACCUGGCUGACAGAAUGUUUCACAGUGUGCGUGAAGCCUGGUAUUCCGCAUCAAAGCACAACAUGGCAGAUGUAAAGGAACUCAUCCCAGAAUUCUUUUACCUCCCGGAGUUUCUACUCAACUCCAAUAACUUUGAUCUAGGUUGCAAACAGAAUGGCACUAAGCUUGGAGAUGUGAUACUUCCCCCAUGGGCAAAGGGAGAUCCUCGGGAAUUUAUUAGAGUUCAUCGGGAGGCUUUGGAAUGUGAUUUUGUGAGUGCACAUCUGCAUGAAUGGAUUGACUUAAUCUUUGGUUAUAAACAGCAAGGCCCUGCUGCAGUAGAAGCUGUAAAUGUCUUCCAUCAUCUCUUUUAUGAGGGGCAAGUGGAUAUAUACAACAUAAAUGACCCAUUAAAAGAGACAGCUACCAUAGGAUUCAUUAAUAACUUUGGGCAGAUACCCAAACAGCUAUUUAAAAAACCACACCCACCAAAGCGAGUUAGAAGCCGAAUCAAUGGAGAGAUAGUUGGAAUAUCUGUCCCCCCAGGUUUCACAAAUGACAAGAUCUUUUUUCAUCAUUUAGACAACCUGAGGCCUUCCCUUGCACCUGUAAAAGAACUCAAGGAGCCUGUGGGCCAGAUAGUUUGUACAGAUAAAGGAAUUCUGGCAGUAGAGCAAAAUAAGGUUCUCAUUCCACCUACCUGGAAUAAAACUUUUGCUUGGGGCUAUGCAGACCUCAGCUGUAGACUGGGAACGUACGAGUCGGACAAGGCAGUGAUUGUUUAUGAAUGUUUGUCAGAAUGGGGACAGAUUCUAUGUGCAAUAUGUCCAAAUCCCAAACUGGUCAUCACUGGAGGAAUAAGCACGGUGGUUUGUGUGUGGGAGAUGGGCACCUCCAAAGAAAAAGCUAAAACACUCACUCUGAAACAGGCAUUGCUUGGUCAUACUGAUACUGUCACAUGCUCAACAGCAUCACUAGCUUAUCACAUAAUUGUGAGUGGAUCACGUGACCGUACCUGUAUCAUAUGGGAUUUGAACAAAUUAUCAUUUCUAACCCAGCUCCGGGGUCACAGGGCUCCAGUUUCAGCACUCUGUAUAAAUGAAUUAACGGGUGAUAUUGUGUCAUGUGCUGGCACUUGCAUCCAUGUGUGGAGUAUUAAUGGAAAUCCUGUUGUGAGUGUGAACACUUUCACUGGACGGAGCCAGCAAAUCCUAUGCUGCUGUGUGUCUGAGAUGAACGAGUGGGACACACAGAACGUCAUAGUGACGGGACAUUCAGACGGAGUGGUCCGAUUCUGGCGGAUGGAGUUUUUGCAAGUACCGGAAACACCAGCUCCAGAGCCUGUGGAGAUCCUGGAAAUGCAAGAGGAUUGUCCAGAAGCACAAAUAGGACAGGAAGCCCAGGAUGAGGACAGCAGUGAUUCUGAAGCAGAUGAUCCGUGUAUCAGUCAAGACACUAAACCGCAGGAGAGCCAGAGUCAACCAAACAGCACCAGCCACAGGCCUGUACCAUCAUCAUCCAGGGCAGUGGCAGCGGUAGCAUGGUCAGCAGACAGUGGCUCCGAUGACUCAAGACGUUGGUCAGACCAGCUCAGCUUGGAUGAGAAAGAUGGCUUUAUCUUUGUGAACUAUUCUGAGGGGCAAACUAAAGUACAUCCUCAUGCUCAGGUUAACCACCCAAACCAUGUAGAAGUACGGCACUACAGCAAACUUAAACCAGGAUACAGAUGGGAGCGUCAGUUAGUAUUCAGAAGCAAACUAACUAUGCACACAGCAUUUGACCGCAAAGACAACGCACAUCCAGCAGAGAUCACAGCACUAGGCAUCUCGAAGGAUCACAGCAGGAUUCUAGUAGGUGAUGGUCGAGGAAGAGUGUUCAGCUGGUCUGUGAGUGACCAACCUGGCAGGUCUGCAGCUGACCAUUGGGUGAAAGAUGAGGGGGGAGAUAGCUGUUCAGGCUGCUCAGUCCGAUUUUCUCUCACUGAAAGACGUCACCACUGCAGAAACUGUGGACAACUCUUCUGUCAGAAGUGCAGUCGAUUUCAAUCUGAAAUCAAGCGUUUGAAAAUCUCAUCACCAGUGAGAGUCUGUCAGAACUGUUACUACAACCUACAACAUGAGAGGGGUUUUGAGGAGGGGCCUAGAAAUUAGUGAGGCUUUGACACAAACUGAAGACCAAGCUCUGCAAGAUCCCAAUUCAGCCCCACAGUAACUCACUGAAUUAAUUACAGAAUAGUGCAGUGAAUUUGGAAGGGAUUGUCUGUUUACACUUAUCUUUGUACUGUGUUAAGCACUGAAAGAAAAAGGGAUCAUUGAUUUCAUUUAUGUUGAUUGAAGUUAUAAGGCUAACAAAUAAAUAUUCAAAUGGGCAGCAACCACCAGAAAGAAAGGACUGGUAGUCACAAAUACAGUAAAACUCCCUAUUAACAUGGCUAUCAAGAAAAAAAUCCUCACUUACUAACCAUCUGUUCUUGUGGAGCUAGACAUCCUUAUUUGGGGGGGGGGAGAGGCUUUUUAGAAGAUAGUUGUAAAUCUGCCUUCUUCGCAAGCAAUUGUGUAUAGUGUAAAUAGGUAUAAUGGCCUUUUUAUCUAAAUAUGAACUUAACUGCCUGUUACAUGGGUCUUCAGCCUAACCACUGUACUUUGUGUGGCAUCUUUAUCUCAUCUAUCAACUUAAAUAUGAAUGUUUAAAAAAAACUCAAAUGGCAUUAUUUGUAUUUUUGUUUAAAAUUCAGUCUGUGCAUGUUUGUUCUUUCAGUUGCCCACAAUAUCCUAAUUUAAAAAAGGCUACUCGUAGAAAUGACAUGGAUUUUUUUUUAAAGGAAAACUUUUUGGGGGAAUAGGACUUGCAAUAUUUUAUUCUAAUUGUAAAAUAAGUAGGAACUAAGUUACACACUCUGUAGUUGCAUUUUAUACCUACCUAUUUACCACCUCAUGGUUCAUAUUUAAUAAGGCCUCUUUUAUACAUAUGUUACAGCUGCUGUUUUGUUCAGUACUUAUUAUAGUUAGCAGUUGAUUCAUGCAAGAACUAGCUUAAAUAGAAAUUGGCUUGCAUGUAACUUAAAAUUAACUUCUCUUGCAUAAAAUUUAGUAUGUCUCUCUUUGGCAUCUUUGUUCUACUGAACAUAAUAACUGGAUAAUAAUAAUAUCAGAACUGCGUUUAAGUCUUCACCAUUCAGUGACAAGACAGUGAUUGAUAGUUUUCCAUUAAUUUUUAAUAUGAAUUUAAUUACAGUAUUUUUAAUCAAUAAUUUAUUUUGCACCACAUGAGAGACCGACACUGGCAUCCACAGUGAGAACAGUUGCAGAAGACAGGCCCACAGUCAUACUUUCUGGUUGUUGUUUUUUUUUAAGUAUAUGUAUAUAUUUUGUAAAUGGGUGACAAAACUGGUCUAGAUUUCGGUAUAUUCACAAACAGAGAAUACUUUUUAAAUAAUGGUGAGAAUAUGACCCAAGUCAACAAGAAACGGGCCAAACUUGCAUCAGUGGAUAUACCAUGAGCAAUAUAAAAUGACCUUAAUUGAUGUGGGAGUGACAGCAUAACAUAGCCCACAAUAUAUACAGCUAAAGCAAACACAAACUUUAAAUUGCACCAUUGAAAAUAUUAGAACCUCUAUGAUGGUAUGAGAUUUCCCAAAAGAUAGUCAAGUGCUAACUGAAGCACCUGGCUUUUGUUGAUUUGUGUUAUUUUACUAUUUACCCUGGAACUCAUUUAUGCACUGAAAGUUAAAUAGAUAUUUUGAUACAUAUUUGUUAAGGAUGUGAUGGACUGGAACAAUUAAAUAAAAUUCCUGUUUUGGUAUGUAUACUAGGUCCCCAAGAGAACAAAAAGGCUUUUUUUAGAGCUCUUCCACACUAUUGAGUGAGUAAAUGCAGGUUUAGUUAGAUCAGUUGAGCCAGUAGAUGCCUUGCAUGCCCAGCUUGACAAAUUUAAAGGGGGGAGAAGCUUUUAGUACAGAGAGCCUACAUUUCUGUAUUAAUACUUCUAUGAUGCUAUAAUCCAGGUUACGGGUUGCUAACCUGUACACUGUCCGCUUUAAAACCUUUAACUGCACCUGAGUCCAUUGAAAUCUUUUCCCCUGGUUUCCAACUUGUUUUUGUAUGGGCUGAGACCUCAAUCUUAUUUCCAAAUUAAUUUUUAUAGCCAACACAAUAAACCCUUGGGGAAAUAGGGCUUUUCUCACAGAAAUGGUGAUUGAAGUAAACUAAAUACCACUAAAAUAAAAUCUGCAUAUAGAACUAAUGCUGGGUUAAGACUGCAGGACUUUCUCUGAAACCAUUAACUGUGUUCAACUAUAGAUGCAUUGUACCAGUGUUAUUCUACACUUUUUACAGGUGGCAUUGCACUAAAAAGCAAGGUCAUUUACCCUCUUCCCCCCCACACUGCAUCCUGUAGUAUUAAUCUUAAUUUACACUUAUAAAACCCACUCCUCAGGCUUAAUUCUUCUCCUGCACGGUAUAGAAAACUCUUCCAAAACAGCUUCUUGCAUUUAGGAGGUGGAAUACCAUCUGAUCAUGGUUCCUCUGGCAACUGUUUUGUUCAAUUGGGGGUAGUCUUUUCGUUUUAGCUUCUAAUGCACAAAUCUACUUUGGUUUCUCCAAACAGAGUUGUUGUCCCUAUAAAAAUUUGUUGGAGCAAAAACACAGAAGUACACUAACAUUAGCAGUCUAUAUUCUCUGUACCUCACAUGUCUUCUAGGGCCUUGUAGUAUACUUAUUAAUUCACAUAUUCUAACACUUGUAUGUAGUGUGCAACUGUAAUGUCAUGCUUAUGAAGAUGAGUUGGCUGCCUCCAGCCCACAUUCAAUAGCAAAACACUUUAGAUAAGUUAUUUUGCACUUUUAUGUAUAAAAUCGGUAGAAAAUUAUUUUUGCUUUGUAUCAUUUAAAGACUCCUUUUGUUUCAGUAAAUGAACUGUGUACAAAAUAUUUAUGCAGUUAAAACUGUUUUUAGAAAGUAUUUUUAAUUUCAGCAAGUUCGGUUACUUGUUGCAUGACUAUUAACACAGCUGACUUUUUGUGUCAGUGCAAUGUAUAUUUUUUUUGUCCUAUUAACGUGUAAGCCCUAGUAAAUGGCAACUUAUUUGUACAGCAACAGGAGUAAAUUGAAGAUAACUGGCUAAGACUGGAGUGUGGAAUUUUGUACUAUAUUGCAGAAUCCAAUGUUUUUUUGGUGGUGAUGUAAAAGGCCUGAAGAAUUACUAUCUAGCGUGCAAUCUGUGAUAUCUGAAUGUUCAUUGUAUAUUUGUCUCCAAUGCAAAAAGGUAGAGUAACACAAUUACAAUACAUGAUUAAAUGCAAUAGUUCAGGUACUUAAGUAUUUUUUUUCAUUUCAAAUAAAUACCUGCUAUUUACCACCAA